AUGGCAUCCGCCAGAAUACGUAGUUCGAAGCCUGACACAAAAGCGAACAGCUCGAAGUCAACAAGUCAGGACAAAGCUUCAAACGAGUUCAUCUUCACCUCACAAAAUGCGUUGCUGUUCCUCCUGGCGCUUAGACUCUUCAAUGCACUGACCAUUCGUACCUUCUUCCAGCCAGAUGAGUAUUUUCAGGCGUUGGAACCAGCCUGGCAGUUAGCCUUUGGAGCAGAUUCAGGCGCCUGGAUCACUUGGGAAUGGAGAGAGCAUCUACGAUCCGCCGUGCAUCCAGCGCUGUUUGCUCUAGCAUACAGAACCGCGGAUUCUUUGGCUGGCUUGCUCAAAUUGAGCGAUGCCACAAGAGCUGAGGUGCUUCUCGCGGCUCCUAAAACGCUACAGGCAUGCUUUGCUGCUCUGGGCGACUUCUACACCUGGAAGCUAGCGGGUUAUAUCUAUGGACGUAGAUCGGCGUCUUCCACAGCCGUCUUAGUCUUGACUGUUGUCAGUCCCUGGCAAUGGUUUACUUCUACCCGGACAUUUUCGAACUCGCUGGAAACUACCUUGACGGUCAUUGGGCUGUACAACUGGCCGUGGCACUGGUCGGCAGAAGUGGUUGAAGAGCCUUCUCGAGGUGCCAAGCUGACUACUGAUCUUCGAGUCCGCGAUGACGGGUUACCUGCUCAUGAGAAAGCGGAUGAAGUGACUCGAUUGAGGAAGGCUCUGCUCUGUGCAGCUCUUGCUACCGUCCUCCGCCCAACCAACCUCCUCGUUUGGGCGAGCCUGAGCUAUUUCGCAUUCGUGCGACGUCUGACAAGGCUGUCGCCGACAAUAUCUGAGUUGACCACAUUCUUGAGAGAAGCAGUUCUCUGUGGAAGUACCGUCCUACUCUUGUCGACAGUCGUCGAUCGACUCUUCUAUCAGGCUUGGGUGUUACCACCAUAUAAUUUUCUGCUAGUCAAUGUCGUUCAGUCGUUGGCGACCUUCUACGGCAGCAAUGAUUGGCACUACUAUAUCUCCCAGGGAUAUCCACUGCUUAUGACCACGGCAUUGCCGUUCACCCUUGUUGGCAUGUACAGGUCAUUUGGGGGAUCCGAGGCACGCUCCUAUGAGAAAUUAACACCAGUCGCCAAAAACACCUUGUACCUACUCUCCAUCAUCAGCACCCUAGUACCAGCAGCGUUCUCCAACAUCGCACACAAGGAAGUCCGCUUCAUCUCUCCUCUCCUACCGGCUCUGCAUAUCGUCUCAGGGCAGACAAUCGCUCCGUUCUUCGAACCGCUUCUUCGCAUUGUUCAGACUUCUCCUAAUACCAACUCAUCGUUAGCCCAGGAAAGGAACAGUCCAUCUACAACGACUAUCAAUCGCCUGCUACUCUUCCUCUUCCUGAACGUCAACCUCGGAAUAGCAUACUACACGACGCAAAUCCACAACUCAGGAGUAAUAGAACUCACGAGCUACCUCCGCUCCGAGUCCACCUCCAUCAACAACUCCCCAAACACCACAUCCUCCCCACAGCGCAACCUCACACUCGGCAUGCUCAUGCCCUGCCACUCAACGCCCUGGCGCUCACACCUACAGCACGCGGCGAACCCAUCUCUGUCCAAGCCCGGCAUCAAAGGCUGGGCCCUAACCUGUGAACCACCACUCCACGUCCCCGCCGCCGAGAAAGCAAAAUACAGGGACGAAGCCGACGCCUUCUACGACGACCCCUCCGCGUGGCUCAAACAACACAUGUCACGGUCCCCUCCGCUGAUUACACGGCACGACGGGACCACCGGACCAGCCUCAUCCCUCAGCCCAGGCUUCUUCGCGCCCGACUUCCGCGCCAAGCGCAAUCUCUUCGACGUUCGCAAACACCCGCAAGGCGACGCCUUCGUGUCCAGUGAACUUGAAGACCACGACCUCGACGAAUGGUACACUACGCACCGCGGCCGCCGGCCCUGGCCCAUGUAUCUGGCCUUCUUCGCGCAGCUGGAGCCGACCCUGCAGGCCGCGUUGCGCGGCAGUGGCUACGUGCAGUGCAAGCGCAUCUUCAACAGUCACUGGCAUGAUGACUGGCGUAGGACUGGCGAUGUCGUCGUUUGGUGCCGUGAUUAUCGGAGGGUGCUUGAUGCUGGUGCUGGUGUCGACGGUGCCGCUGAGGAUGUAGAGCAGCGUGUGGAACAGGGUGAUGUUGGUGGCGGUGAAAGUGGGAGUGCCGAUGUGGGUAAGGCCGAGAGUGAGAGUACGGCGCGACCAACGCUGGAGAGAGUCGUCGAGAAGCCGUUCUGGAAGGCUAGAGAUCGAGAUCGAGAUUGA